AUGAUUGAGAUAUGUCAUCAAUUCUUCAAUAUAAAUGACAUAAAAGCAAAUGUAUCGAAAUACGAACUUAUAAAAAUAAACAACAAUAAAGAAGAUCUUUCAAUUGAGGGAGAACCAAUCACAAAGACAAACAGCGAAGAAGGUAAUCGUUACCUUGGAAUAUUUUUCAGAUACGACAACAAAAGAGAAAUAUAUAAAAAGAAGAUAACAUCGAUAAUCAAUAACGCCUGCAAUAUAUUUAAUUGGAAAAGAUUAAAUGAAAAGCAAAUAAUAGCAGUUUGGAAUAUAGUUAUUGUACCAAGAAUAGAGUAUCAGUUGGCAGCCAUCGUCCUAAAGAAAUGGGAAUGCGAGAAAUUGAUGACAAAAAUAAAUAUGAUAAUUAAAAAAAGAGCUGGCCUAGCAAGAUCAACUCCAAAUUUUAUAAUCUACGAUAAAGACAUUUUAGGUAUAAAACAUAUUUACGACCUACAGAUGGAAAUGAUAUAUAAGAAUUUGCUUUAUCAGGCGAAUGGAAAUUACAAAUUACAAAUAUUAUUUAAAAUUAAAAUGAUCCAAGAACAGAAAAAUAUAUGGACUUCGAGAUGUCCUGGAGAAUUAGAAAUAACAAAUUAUAGGAAAAAUAAUUGGAUCAUAUCAGCUUUAAAGGUGUUAAAUAAUGAAAAAAUCAAAAUAUGUAAUCAUGAAAUAAAAGAUUUUAGAGAAAGUCACAGAAUCAAAGGAGGAAAGACUGACCUAAUUGAAUUAAUGGAGUGUAAGGAAUUUAUAACAAGUACUCAAUCAAGAAAAACAAAAAAUAUAAUGUUUUUAGAAGACAUCCUAGAGGCGGACGGUAUCACUUUACUAAAAUGGAAGCAUUUAUGUAAAGAAAGAGGAAAGAACACGAAAGGUAAAACGCCGAAAUGGUUUAAAAAAUUAGAAUUGAAAUUAAUAGCAGAUGAAAGUGGAUAA